CCAAGUCUCGCGAUAGAGCGCCGUAGCGCGGGUGAGCGACAAAAAAAACCUUUGCUAACCUGAACGUGCUUGUCGGCCGACCGGUACGUCUUUCAUUCUAAGCAGACUCGAUUCAAUUUUUUGCUGUUAAGUUCUAAUAAUCCAUCACAACUUUUAAACGGGAACACGUCGGGCACCUUACAACGAACAGCAUAUCCAAAAUAGAAGAAAUCGAACAACAAUGUCCGAAAGCGAAAACUGCGUGGAACAGCGGGAAGAGCCAACUGAACUAGAGGAAGCCGCCGGGGCAGCGGAGGAGAAGUCUGACUCUUCAGAUGCUGGAAAGGAAUCCUCCUCGGAUACAGGUGCUGAUGGUCAAGAUGCAUCCUCCUCAUCGUCAACAAAGACUAAAGAUUCUACUCCAGGUUAUGAGGAGAAAGUGCAAACAGACCGAACCAACAGAUUUGAAUAUCUGCUGAAGCAAACCGAGUUGUUUGCUCACUUCAUCCAACCGGCUGCACAGAAGACCCCCACAUCCCCUCUGAAGAUGAAGCCGGGGCGUCCUCGGAUCAAGAAGGAUGAGAAACAGAACCUGCUAUCUGUCGGAGACAACCGCCAUCGACGCACAGAACAAGAGGAGGAUGAGGAGCUUCUUAACGAGAGCACAAAGACCACCAACGUGUGCACUCGCUUUGACGAAUCUCCUUCAUAUGUAAAAACAGGAAAGAUGAGGGACUAUCAGGUUCGUGGUCUGAACUGGCUCAUUUCUUUGUAUGAGAAUGGAAUCAAUGGCAUCCUCGCAGAUGAGAUGGGACUGGGAAAAACCCUUCAGACGAUUGCCUUGCUGGGUUACAUGAAACACUACAGAAAUAUCCCUGGCCCACACAUGGUGCUUGUUCCCAAGUCCACCCUCUACAACUGGAUGAACGAAUUCAAACGAUGGGUUCCCUCGCUGCGUGCAGUUUGUCUGAUCGGAGACAGAGAUCAGAGGACUGCCCUGAUCAGAGACGUCUUGCUGCCAGGAGAGUGGGACGUCUGCGUCACAUCCUACGAAAUGCUCAUUAUUGAAAAAGCCGUGUUCAAAAAGUUCAACUGGAGAUACCUGGUGAUCGAUGAAGCUCACAGGAUCAAGAACGAGAAGUCAAAGCUUUCAGAAAUCGUGCGCGAGUUUAAAACAACCAAUCGUCUGCUUCUAACCGGAACACCCCUUCAGAACAACCUGCAUGAGCUUUGGGCUCUGCUCAACUUCCUGUUGCCUGACGUCUUCAAUUCAUCUGAGGAUUUUGAUUCAUGGUUUGAUACAAACAACUGCUUAGGCGAUCAAAAGUUGGUUGAACGUCUUCACACCGUGCUGCGCCCCUUCCUGCUCCGUCGUAUCAAAGCAGACGUGGAGAAGACUCUGUUGCCCAAAAAAGAGAUCAAGAUAUAUGUGGGUCUAAGUAAGAUGCAGCGUGAGUGGUACACAAAGAUCCUCAUGAAGGACAUCGACAUCCUGAACUCUGCGGGUAAAAUGGACAAGAUGCGUCUGCUGAACGUUCUCAUGCAGCUCAGGAAAUGCUGCAACCACCCAUAUCUUUUUGACGGGGCCGAGCCAGGCCCCCCUUACACCACCGACCUGCACCUGGCGGUGAACAGUGGAAAGAUGGUAGUGCUGGACAAGUUACUGCCGAAAAUGAAGGAGCAGGGGUCUCGUGUGCUCAUCUUCAGUCAGAUGACCAGGGUGCUGGACAUCUUGGAGGACUAUUGCAUGUGGAAGAACUACGAGUACUGUCGCCUGGACGGUCAGACGCCACACGAAGAAAGACAGAUCUCCAUUAACGCAUACAACGAACCAAACAGCUCUAAGUUCAUCUUCAUGUUGAGCACCAGGGCUGGUGGUUUGGGCAUUAACCUGGCUACAGCUGAUGUUGUCAUCCUCUACGACUCUGACUGGAACCCUCAGGUCGACCUACAGGCCAUGGACCGAGCUCACAGGAUUGGUCAGCAGAAGCAGGUGCGUGUUUUCCGUUUCAUCACCGAGAACACUGUGGAGGAGAGGAUUGUGGAGAGGGCCGAGAUGAAGCUACGCCUGGACUCUAUCGUCAUCCAGCAAGGAAGACUUGUCGAUCCAAGUGCAAACAAACUCGGCAAAGACGAGAUGCUCUCCAUCAUCCGCCACGGUGCGACCCACGUGUUCGCUUCCAAGGAGAGCGAGAUCACCGACGACGACAUCGACGCAAUUCUGGAGCGCGGUGAGAGGAAGACUAUGGAGAUGAAGGAAAAGCUGUCGUCUCUGGGUGAGAGCUCUCUGAGAAACUUCACGAUGGACACAGAGAACACCAGUGUGUACACGUUUGAAGGCGAGGACUACAGAGAGAAGAAGAAGGUCAUUACCAACUGGAUCGAGCCUCCGAAAAGAGAAAGGAAAGCCAAUUAUGCCGUGGACGCGUAUUUCAGAGAAGCUCUGCGAGUCAGUGAGCCUAAAGCACCCAAGGCGCCUCGACCCCCCAAGCAGCCAAAUGUCCAAGACUUCCAGUUCUUCCCUCCACGUCUUUUUGAGCUUCUGGAAAAAGAGAUUCUGUACUACAGAAAGACAAUAGGAUACAAGGUUCCCCGUAAUCCAGACAUCCCCAACUCAGCUCAGGUCCAGAAGGAGGAGCAGGCCAAGAUUGAUGAGGCUGAAGCUCUCACAGAGGAGGAACUGGAGGAGAAGGAGAACCUUCUGCAACAGGGAUUUACUAUUUGGAGCAAACGUGACUUCAACCAGUUCAUUAAAGCUAAUGAGAAAUGGGGAAGAGACGAUAUCGAGAACAUUGCCAGAGAGGUUGAGGGGAAAACACCCGAGGAAGUCAUGGAGUAUUCUGCUGUGUUCUGGGAGCGCUGCAAUGAGUUGCAGGAUAUCGAAAAGAUCAUGGCUCAGAUAGAAAGGGGAGAAGCCAGGAUUCAGAGACGAAUCAGCAUCAAGAAAGCGUUGGACUCAAAGAUCGGUCGCUAUAAAGCUCCCUUCCAUCAGCUCCGGAUCUCUUAUGGCACCAACAAAGGCAAGAACUAUACCGAGGAGGAGGACCGUUUCCUCAUCUGUAUGCUUCACAAGCUGGGCUUUGACAAGGAGAGCGUGUACGACGAGCUUCGCCAGUGUAUUCGCAACUCCCCUCAGUUCCGCUUCGACUGGUUCCUCAAAUCCAGGACUGCUAUGGAGCUGCAGAGGCGAUGCAACACUCUGAUCACGCUGAUCGAGAGAGAGAACAUGGAGCUGGAGGAAAGAGAAAAGGCUGAGAAGAAGAAAAGAGGACCAAAAUCUAGCUCAGCACAGAAACGUAAACCAGAGGGAACCCCCGAUGGCCGAGGACGCAGGAAAAAGCUGAAAUUGUAAAUCUACUCACAAACUGAAGUAUCAGCGUUUGACACCGGCAGCCAGCUCCGGUGUCAUUAGUCCUAGCAUCUGUGUGCAGGCUGUAAAAAAACAAUCCUUGACGGACUGA